AUGGCGGACCAGCUCACCGACGACCAGAUCGCCGAGUUCAAGGAGGCCUUCAGCCUCUUCGACAAGGACGGCGACGGCUGCAUCACCACCAAGGAGCUUGGAACUGUGAUGCGCUCAUUGGGGCAGAACCCUACCGAGGCUGAGCUUCAGGACAUGAUCAAUGAGGUUGAUGCUGAUGGCAAUGGAACCAUCGACUUUCCUGAGUUUCUCAACCUGAUGGCACGCAAGAUGAAGGACACUGACUCUGAGGAGGAGCUCAAGGAGGCCUUCCGUGUGUUCGACAAGGACCAGAACGGCUUCAUCUCCGCUGCUGAGCUUCGCCAUGUCAUGACCAACCUUGGUGAGAAGCUGACGGACGAGGAGGUGGACGAGAUGAUCCGUGAAGCCGACGUGGACGGUGAUGGCCAGAUCAACUACGAGGAGUUCGUGAAGGUGAUGAUGGCCAAGUGA